AUGGUUCGGAGCUCCAUCGCUUGCGCACGCUGCAGGCGGAGCAAGGUCAAAUGCGUGAAUACCGGCGUCAACUCGACGUGCAAGGCCUGCUUCCAGAGCAGCAGAGAGUGUACGUACCCGCCCUCCGGCGUCACGGCGACACCGAAGCGGCCCGAGGCCACGGGGAUCAAACAGGAGGGGGAGGCGGAGAGCAAGAAGAAGAUCCGGAAGAUCGAGGACACGGGGAGGAGAGGGAGCAGCCGCAUCGAGGAUGCGCUGGGCGCCCACAUCCUGACGAGGAAGGUGUGGGAUGAGAUCUAUGAGAUCUUCAAGCUGCACUUCUCAACCGAGAUGCCCUUCCUUCACCCGCCCACGUUCAGGAAUCGCAUGCGCCAGGCCUCCUUCCCCCGCGAUCCUGCGGCCGCGACGGUCGAUUCCGAGGAUGAGAAAGCCCUGCUGCUCGGGGUCCUGACGCUCACGGCUCGAUUCCACCCCGAGUUGGUCGCCUACCACUCUCAGCCAGGGAAAGCGGCGGAUCCAAUUGACGCCAGCGAAUAUUAUGCCACCGCGCUCAAGGCGACCUUUGGUCCCGCGGGAAUCACCAGACCGUCGCUGGACGGGAUCCAGGCACUGCUGAUGCUUGGCCUCUACGAGUGGGGACAGACGAGAGGCUUGAGCGCCUGGCUGUAUGUGGGCAUCGCGAUGCGGUUGGCGCAGUCGAUGGGAUUGGCGUAUGAGGACGACCCUGAUGAUCGCACCCUGAAGCCCGCCAUCCUCCGGAUCGGGUCAAAGCAGCAACUGUCUCCCCGCGAGCUGGCAAUUGAGAAGGAGGUCCGACGCCGCACCUUCUGGAGCUGCUUCAUUAUGGACCGGAUGCUCUCCGCGGGGAAAUACAGACCUACGAUGAUCGCGGUGGGGAAGUUACGCGUUCAACUGCCCUGCACUGACGACCAGUUCCUCUUCGUCCACAAUGUGCAGACCGGUUUUCUGACCUCAGACUGGAUGGAAGGGGACAAGUCACAGGCGGUCAAUGACGAUGGGGUCCUCGGCCGGUAUAUACGCCUAGUCGAGAUAUUCGGCCGGUUCUCCGAGUGGAGUUAUGCUGGAGGUCGAAGGACGGAGAAACUGCCCCCGUGGGAUAGCUCAACUGCGUUCUACAAGCUGCGCCAGGAGCUCAAAGAGUUCCACGACGCGUUACCGGCCAGCCUCACCUUCACCGAAGCCAAUCUGUCUGCUCACAUCGAGAAGCGCAACGCGACCACUUAUGCCUCGUUGCACACGCUGUAUUUCUUGUGCCAGAUCAUGCUGCAUAGAGAGUAUAUCCCCUUCAUCCCCCUCCGAUGCCAAAAGCCGCUAGGCCCGCUCGAUGAACCGACCUUCCCAAAGGAUAAGUUCGACAUACCCGAGGGAUUCUGGGAGGAGAGCGCAGAAACAAUCUUCAGAGCCGCGAGAGACAUCGUGGAGAUUGUGCGGACUUGCCAGGACAACAAUGCCCUUCCCGAAUCCCCCCAGAUUGGAUUUGCGGUUUGGCAAGCCGCCUUCGUCUGUGUCUACGUGGCUCAUUUCGAGCACAUGGACACUCGCUGCUAUCUACGCAAACCCCACGAAGGAGACCAGACGAAUACAGAAGCUGGUAGCAGAGGUUACGAAGCGUUGACCGUGAAAAUCUUGAAGGAGAUGGUCCCGAGGCUGAAAAUGGCCAAGGGUUAUGUCAGGUCACUCCGCAAGAUGCACGACUACUUCCAGGGGGUCAAGAACGAUUACUACGAUCGAUUCAAGCGCAAGCCCCUCGGGUGGGUUGGUGGUGGCCUGGAACAAUAUAAAACGCUCGAGAAGGAGCUGAAAGAGUUUGGGAGUCUCGAGGACAAUGACAAGAGCGUCCACUCUGAUGGAUCCGACGUCGUCGACCAGCCCCCCUCCCGCGCGAGCCCAAAUGACAUCGGACAGGGCUCUGUGAAUGGAGAGCAGAUGCAAGGUAUCGAAGCGGCGCCAACACCGCGAAAUAAUGCAUGGGCGCCAAUAAACGCUACCAGUCCUCCCGUCGAAGCAGAAGACCGUUCCAGAUACAGUCAAGGUCAAGGACACCACCAGUACAGCGGCAGUUAUCAACAGUCGCCUGGCCAAAGUUCGAAUCCAACAAGUGCAAUCAGCCCCAGCAACGGCGACUCUACUCCGAGCGUCAACUCACCAUAUAAUCAACCGUACCAGGGGCAAAGUCUCACGGCCACUUAUCCCUCUAUCCCUCACCACACUAUGGGGCCACCCAACACGCAGAUUGGAGCAUCUGGCUAUCCGGAAGAUAAGAAUGAGGCGUGGAUCACUUGGCACGAAUCAAUCAGCAUGGCCAACUCUCGGUUCGAUAAUUAUGCGCAGGACUUGCCUAUGGAUUGGAAUGGAUAUACAGAGGGGAAUUCCCAGUCGGUUCCGAAUUUCUUCGAGAUCGUGGGUCCCUACACUCCGAACAAUCCAAUACAGGCUUCUGCUUGGAGUUGA